AUGUCGGGUCUCAACGAGCCACAGACCUUCCUCGCCAAGUACACCUUGUACAAGCGAGCCACCGAAUACAUUGCAGGAUGGAUUGCCGAAACCGCCGCGUCCAUCGGCUUCGAAGUCAAAACGAAAGAACAAAAACAGACAAAGUCGAGAUCUAAGUCGAAAAAGGGCGCGGGCAGGAAAGGCAACCAGAAUGCGAAAGGUGGAGGUGGUGGCACAGUAUACCAACUCGGAGUAUCGGACUUUGUACCCAUGGCAGAAGCGAUAGCAAAAGCUGGAGAAGAAGCAGAGUCUGAGAUUAUGGUCCCUGUUGCUUUAUGCAGGCACUUCAGUCGCGCCAUUCAGACACGUCGGAAGGUCUCGCAAUGGUACAAGGCGAAAGUCAACCCGGAUACAAACAGUGACCUGCGGCACGAAUAUUUCAUCAAGGUUCUCGAGGACACCUUCGCAUCCCUCAAGCCAUUCCUCGGGUCGGGCGGACCAGAAAUCGCACGCAACAAUGGUUCCGCUACUAAUGUGGCUGACUUAUCUUCACGCAAUCGCUUCGCGGGGCUGACCGUCGAUGAGCUCGUGGCACUAGCCGACGAGGAAGAUAUUGCCGAAGAUACACUCCCUGACGUAUCUAAUGUCACGCUCGAGGAAGCUGAGGAAGACAAAGAGGACGACUUCUGGAUUGCUGUUGCGCUUAUGCUACAGGAGCAACAGGACAUGAGGGAGGUGGUCCGUGACAACUGGCAGAAAUACAAGAGCGGCAAAGUCGACUUGAUUGUGGCAGCCAUGACCACGGAUACGGCUAUUAAGCUUGCUCAAAGUGCGGAGGCGAAGUUCGACUUGCUAGUAACACGACCGAAGAAAUAUCCAGUCACGGAGUAUCCGGUCUGGACGCUCCCCGCCGUUCUUUUUUACAACAACCACGAGGAUAUGCACAAGUGGUCUCUCGCGGAGAUUGCAAAGCCUUCCACCAGGCUUGGCGUUACAGCGGACGCCCAGAGUGAAGCACAUUUCGACUUCUGGCCGGUCUUCGCUGGCUUGAAGUUCUACCUCCACAAGCACAUGACAAAAAAGAACUCGAUUCCGCAACAAUCGAACAUUCAGAGCAAUCGAACAUUCAGAGCAAUCGAACAUGCCCAAAUCAUGCGGAUCGUCGCGAAAGCAGCCAAACGCCCACCACUGCUGGAUAUGGUCUCCAAAGGUCUAUUGGACAUGUUUACCGAGCACAAGAUCCCAAUGUGGCUUACAUAUGGCGUCCAGCUUCAUUUCGACUCGCAAGACAUCAUGGGCGAGAUGACCAACCGACCGCAUUUUGAACUUCAGGUCUACCUGAACCAUCUAAUGGGAGUAGAACAGGCCAUUACGAAUAACUGGGAGCAUCCGAUGAUGCCAGACAAUAUCCAAGAUGAAUGUUACAAACCUUUCAGAGAAGCAUACAACGACAUCAGUUCCUGGGCCAACCAUGACGGAUUUGCCGAACAAUGGCAACAGCUUGCGCAAGAUCCAAAAGUCAAUGGACACCCCAUCUUCGGGAUGAUGAAGAAAAAAGCGUUCUACAUAUAUAAGCACCAUCCUUUGCUCAACGGCAUGUUGAAGUACCACUUUCUCGUUCACUGGCACGCGGCUGGCCUGUCACACGAAGCAACUUCAUGUUCUCUUCUUUUCAUGGCUCAUGUUUAUAUGGGGACACAGCUGAGAAGCCCUUCCGACCCAGUGUGGCCCGACAUGGAGUUCAUGCUCUUCAGCCAGGAUCCCCGAUACGUGUUGAUCAAGAGACCACCCGAGUCGCCCGAGGAAGCACGGACUCUCUUCGAUCUUGCUACUGGCCAGCCCACGCUCAAGCAGGUGCAAUCAUAUACCUUUGAUCGUCUGGACCUUAGCCGUGGAGAUCUAGGCCGGCCUAGAUAUGAUCCCACUAACAAGUCUCGACUGUUCAGAGAUGCAACCGUGUUUGGAGAGACUGUCUACUUGCCGCGCGGUGCUAGUGGCUGUUGGAUCAAGAAGAUACCCGGUGGAGCCUUUAACGGGAGAAUCGACACCAUUACUACGGCACUUCUCGAAGCUUCUGCUCCUGAUGCAACCCGUGGCCGUCUCGCGCGCGCGAUGCAAGCCUCUCAAGAGCAGCAGGGACUAAAACUGGAGCCUAUUAACGGCAGAGACGGACUCACAUCUGUUGCUAUUCUGGAACAUUUUGCUUUCUGGCUGCAGGCUGACUUGCCAGAUCUUUAUUUCAACGGAACGUUGAUGCAGCGGCAAUGCUCAGAUACGUGGAAAGCCAUCUACGCAGCGCUCGAGAACGACCCAGCUUGGGAUCCGUCUUUCUCAGAAACCGGACGAUCGCCGCAACAUGCAGCGAAUACCAUCAUUACUACGUCCCUAAUCGAAGGGAAAUAUCCUCGGUUCAUGGACAUAGCGCGCAGAGUGAUGCGCAAUCAUCUACGGCAACAGGAAGAAAACUAUGAGAGCGCGCAAAGCGAGGUAUGCUUGAAGGAUUUGACGAAGUACCACAAAGGAGCCGCCAGGCUCUUUACGGAUGAUGGACCUUUGAAUGUGGACAACUUGUACAAAGGUUGGUCGCAGGAGCACAGACAACAGAGGAAGCAUAAUUUUGCGGCCGCUGCCGCACAGGCCGAGGUCACAGCUGGGAAUGCCGAGUUGCAAGAGAUGUUCCAAGCACGGGCGAUGCAAGCCAUGAGUUCGAUGAUUACGGGCGGCGCGGCCGACCAGUGUAUGGUGAUGUAA